CAAGUUAUUAUAGAAGAAGCUUGAAGAGAUGGGUGUUUUUCCUCUGUUUUUCUUGUGCCUUCUCUUCAUUUCAGUUUCUUCAGGUCCAAGUAAUGCAGAAAAGCCUCCUCCGAAAGCAAUCCAGAAAUAUGAGGUUAUGGGCAAUCAAGAAGAUCAGAUACCUUUUUCAGAUUCAGUGUUCACCGACCAGUUGGACACAAUUCCUGUUGUCAACCCGACUCCAACUACGCCAACUCCAACUACGCCAACACCGACCUUCAACUCCCCACCAACACCGACUACGACACAACCAACCAUACCCCCACCAACACCGACUAUGACACAACCAACCAUACCCCCACCAACACCGACUACAACACAACCAACUCCAACAACACCGACCACAACUCCCGUGUCAUCUGGUGGCAGUUGGUGUAUUGCGAGCCCAACAGCUUCAGACACCGCUCUACAGGUAGCCCUUGAUUAUGCUUGUGGCUAUGGAGGUGCAGACUGUUCUAUACUUCAAUCCGGGGCGAGCUGUUACAACCCAAACACGGUCCGUGACCAUGCUUCUUACGCCUUCAAUGAUUACUUCCAAAAGAACCCGAUUCCAACCAGCUGCAACUUUGGAGGAACAGCUCAACUUACCAACACUGACCCAAGUAACGGUAGCUGCCGCUAUGCAUCACCACGAACGGCACCCAGCACAACUACAUCCGCCAACCCCACCCCUAUGAUGCCACCACCAGUAGUUCCAACCACUCCAACCUUUGACACACCAACUGGAUCUUCUAUUUACGGUUCAGAGCCUGUAGGUACCCCCAGCUCAGCUGUCUCUAUCUCCUACUGCAGAACAUUGUUAUUCAUCACAGCUGGUCUAUUGGGGUCAGCCAUAGCAGCAACUUAGCAGUAAACAGAAAGAAACUACUCCAAGUUAUUCUCUGUGCAAGAGAAGGCAGAUCAUUCACUUGGCAGCACACUAGUUGAAAUUCAACGAGGCAAAGAGAAUUCGAGCUAUUAUGUUCUCUCAAGGCCUCAUUCUUACCAUUUGAGUUAUUUACUAUAUACUUUAUCUAUGUAUACCUCUUAGUAGACUAAGAAGCCCUAGGGAGAAAACAGAAGAGGAAAGAAUAGGUUCUUGUACUCAUAGGCACAUCGUUAUUCUCUAUGCAGCAAUAGCUCAAUAAAUUAUUAUACAUCCCCAUCAGACUUUAGACAAAUUUUCUA